AUGGACGGCAUGUGCAAGGGACGCAAGUUCUUGUCAUUUACCCAAGCUGUAAGUGCACAUGUACCUGUGGAGAUGUUGGAGGACAUGCGCAAGAUGAAGAUAGUGCACUGGGUAGCAGGCAGCCGGCCACCGACAUACACUCCAUCUGAGGCACUGAUGAAUGCCAUCGUGCACGGCCACCAAGCUUACGCACAAUACUUGCUGAAUAAGUUCUUAGAUGGUGCUCUUGCCAUGACAGGUAAGAAUGUCUGCGGCUGUCAGUCAUACGUUCCACACUUAGACAUGGCUAUCCGCUACAACAGGAAGGACAUAGUGCCUCUCAUUCUUCAUGUGGCACAUAAAAUCCCGACUCUAUGGUCCUACGUUAUCCGAGGAGGAUGCAAACACAUGAAGGAGGGCAGAACUACACUCCAUCUGGCAUGUGCAAUGUCACAGCCAGAGACUGUCAUAAUGUUACUGGGAAGUGGGGCUUCACCACAAGCUAAGGCUGAUGAUGGUGUGACACCACUGGAUCUCAUUCUCAAAAAGCUACAGAUGUCCAAAGGGAACACACGUGUCAAGAUGUUGUGCCUGGAAAGGCUGCUCAUGUUCAUGCCUGAAGUGCGGUUCCAAAUGAAGAGCUCACUGAACAAUGAUCCAGAGUACUGGUCCAAAGUUCUGGGAGAGGAGAUGUUUAACUACUUGGUUGGAAGAAUUCCAGGGACGCUCUUUCUCAUAGCUAUGCAAAAAACUCUGGCUCAACUACCUUCUCAAGACUUUUUUAAAAGGCUGGAUGAACUGCCCAUUCCAGCUUCUCUGAAACCUAUUACAUCACAGCCCUUAAUGCGGUGGAACUCCUACUGA